CCCAAUACAAUAUUCAAUUAAAGUCACAUUUAAAAAUAAAAUUUUUAAACAUGUUCAUACCUCGAUUUUUACUUGGAAAAUAUAAAAAUAAACUAAAGCACCCUAACGUUCUGCGCAGGAAGUCGGAUGCAAUAAAAUACGACAGCGAUGAAGCUGUAAAAGAAGCGUUAUGCGAAAUUCUCACAUAUAGCGUGUUCCUGAUAGCAAGCACAAUAGUGGCCAAUGCCUCCCAUCAUUUGUACAUGUUCUAUUUCAACCAAACUUUGAAAAAGCUCUUCAUCGGACGAGAAAUGGAAACGAAAUUUGGCAUGGAAGUCCGAUUUGAAGAAAUAGUAACAACUUUAGAUUUAUGGAACUUUUUGGAAACAAAAUUCUUGGAUGAUUUGCAUGGUGAGACGUUUACGGCAUAUAGAAAUAAUGAACCAACGCGCACAAGAAAAGAGAAAACGAAAUCCUUUAACAUUACUGAAGAAGGGUAUGGACUGAAUGACGAUCAAAGACGUCUUGUGUUACGAGAUAAUAUUUUGUUGGGACCUCCACGUUUGCGACAAAUUCGUGUCAAAGAAAAUUCUUGUCAUGUAAAUGAGGCCUUCUUACGAUACUUCAAUUCGUGCUAUAGAGAGUACUCUUACAAUUCUGAGGAUCGAAGACCGUUUUUCAAAAAUACCUCAUUUUAUACAUUGUCCGAUUUAAAGGUGAACCCGAUUCGUGGGGAAAUAAGAAAAUAUUAUGGCGCAGGCUAUGUUCGAAGUCUCACGUACGAUCGUGCAAUCAAUGAAGAAAUUUUGCAACAACUGAAAUCAUUAAAAUGGAUUGAUCGUGGAACCCGAGUUGUUAUCGUGGAGUUUGUGUUGUACAAUGCCAAUUCCCAGAUGUUUAGCAAUGCUAAAAUACUAGCUGAAAUGCCACCUGUUGGAGGUCUGGUAACAUCAUAUCAAUUCCAGGCUUUAAAAUUACAUUCAAUUUGGUCAGACUUCGAUUACGGAGUUUUUGCAGCGUCAGGGAUCUUUUAUCUUAUGGUCCUGCAUUAUACAUUUGAAGAACUUGGGGAAUUUAUCUCAGUUGGACUGGCAAAUUACUUUAAGUCGAUGUGGAAUUUGAUUGAUAUUACCGUGUUAUUGUUUUCUUACAUAUCGUUUGCUUACAAUAUUAUUCACCCUAUUUAUCUGAAGAAAAUUGUGCAAAAAUCCAACAAUGAUCCCAAUACAUUUUGGAGUAUUGAUAAGAUCUGCUUUUGGAACCUGCUGUACGUUGAUAUGAUGGCAGUAUGUGUAUUUUUGGUCUGGAUUAAAAUAUUCAAAUAUAUAAGCAUCAAUAAAACGAUGUUACAAUUUAGCAUAACAUUGAAAAAGUGUGCCAAGGAUCUUUUUGGUUUUGCCGUAAUGUUCUUCAUUGUCUUUUUGGCUUAUGCCCAAUUAGGUCUCUUGAUCUUUGGAACCAGCCAUCCAGAUUUUCGUAGUUUUGGCAUUUCUGUUGUAACUUUGAUGCGAAUGUUUUUGGGUGACUUUGAAUAUGAACUGAUUGAGAAGUCCAAUCAUAUAUUGGGGCCAAUAUACUUUCUGUCAUAUGUGUUGUUUGUAUUCUUUAUUCUGCUGAAUAUGUUUUUGGCUAUUAUUAAUGACACCUACGGAGCUGUAAAGUCGGAAGUCAACAGUGGGCAUUCACAUUUUGGGCCAUAUUUAGCAAAGUUAUUUAGAUAUAUAUUUUGUAGCGGUUGCAAAUCCCAUGAGACAACUGUUUUAAAAUCUCGGAAAAGGCAGAUGCAAAGUUCAGGAGACUUCCAAAUUAAUUGGAAUGACUUUGCCGAAGUUAACUCAAUUUCCGGGGAUUCGUUUACAAAUGGAAAUAUAUCUCCGACCGGUGGGCGUUUACGAAUGCAUGUUCAUGAACUGAUAAGAGAGUAUUUUCAGGAGCUCUCUGAUAGCGAAUACAAGCUGCAUAAUGUUUCUGAAAACCCAAAUUACAAUUACGAUUUACGAAGUUUAACAAAUCGCAUUACUCGGCUGGAAGAGGUUCUGGAGCAAUUAAUAGCAAACAUGGACCAGAUUUUGAAAUUUCAAACAAAACAACAAAUGAAGAACAAAAAUCUAUGCCCCUGAGCUGGUUCAAAUCUGUUAUUACGUACGAAUUCGAAUGAUGGGACCUUUAUCAUGCGAAAGCUUGGCAUUGACACAAGAAGUGCCCUAAAGUCUCCGCAUCCUUUUCACAUGCCCUAAACUCAGCCGCGCUUGGUGAAUCUAUCUUGUGUAGGUGUGCCUGCGCUAUGUGACUAGUGUAGAUGCCGAAGUUUGUUUGCCUCGUCUAGUCACUGUCUGGAUACAUUCAUAGGAAUUCUGCUGUCCUUCUGACAGCCUCUUCAUUUCAAUGUGCGCUAAAUUCAUUCGAAAAACUUUGCAAAUACGUUCGGUCCAGCCUUGUUUCUUAUGUCAACACCAUUUUCUAUAAGGUCGUUGAUAUGUCUAAAAUGCAAAUAAAACAACAAGGAAACUGC